AGAUCCAUACUAUCCGCUUUUAUCAUAAACAAAGGCAUAUAGCCGACAUAAUAGCCUUUAUAAAUGCUGACAUGAAUGAAAAAUCGAACACUUGGAAUGCCAUCCACCCACUACAAUGGAUGAUUACUGUUCAGACAGUCGCCCUUAUGCAACAAGAAUGGGCAUAUCUGUCUUUUAACUUCACUUCCGAUCCAUUUCCACCUUCUUCUGCGCCGUCGACAUUAAUGUUGUCUGAGUAGAAUUUUUGCAGUGAAAUUGAAGUUUGAAGGUGUGCGCAGUGAAGGAGAGCGGAACCCGUAGUGAUGGAGCAGGAAAAUGCUAGUAAGUUGGGUAUGAUUGUUAUACUCCAUAAUGCUGUGAUCGUCACCAUGGAUUCCGAGAGCCAAGUUUUUCAAAACGGUGGGAUCGUCAUCGAGAAUGAUCGAAUUAAAGCCAUUGGUCAGUCUUCCUCUGUGCUCCAACAAUUCUCCACUCUCGCUCAUCAAAUUAUAGAUCUCGAUGGCCAAAUUUUACUCCCUGGAUUGGUGAACACGCACGUGCACACCUCUCAGCAGCUAGGAAGAGGGGUUGCAGAUGAUGUUGAUUUGAUGACAUGGUUGCAUGGUCGCAUUUGGCCUUACGAAUCCAACAUGACCGAGGAGGAUUCCUAUAUAUCCACUUUGCUUUGCGGUAUUGAGCUUAUCCACUCUGGUGUAACUUGCUUUGCUGAAGCAGGCGGGCAACAUGUAUCUGGAAUGGCAAAGGCCGUGGAGUUAUUAGGGUUGCGUGCUUGUUUAACUCAGUCAACUAUGGAUACUGGUGAUGGUUUGCCAGCAUCGUGGGCUGCUCAAACUACAGAUGAUUGUAUUCAGUCUCAAAGAAAACUUUACGAGAAGCACCAUGAUACAGCAGAUGGACGCAUCCGAGUCUGGUUUGGAAUUAGGCAAAUUAUGAAUUCAACCGAUCGUUUAUUACUUGAAACGAGAGACAUUGCGAGAGAACUUAAAACUGGAAUCCACAUGCAUGUUGCAGAGAUUCCCUAUGAGAACGAAACUGUGGUUAAGACACGAAAUGCUGAUCAUGGAACUGUUACCUAUUUGGAAAAGAUAGGGCUUCUUCAAAGCAAUUUACUAGCAGCUCAUACGGUUUACGUCAAUGAUGCUGAGAUUGAUUUUCUGUCCAAAGCUGGGGUAAAAGUAUCUCAUUGUCCUGCUUCUGCAAUGAGGAUGCUUGGAUUUGCACCUGUUAGAGAGAUGCUUGAUGCUGGUGUUUGUGUUUCAUUGGGGACAGAUGGGGCACCAGCCAAUAAUAGAAUGAGCAUUGUUGAUGAGAUGUACUUGGCUUCUUUGAUUAACAAAGGACGGGAAGUGUAUGCAAAUGGGUCAAUCAAUCCUACUGCUUUCCCAGCUGAAACAGUUCUAAAAAUGGUGACUGUAAAUGGAGCAAAAACAGUACUUUGGAAUGAUGAAAUAGGGUCACUUGAGGUUGGCAAAAAGGCUGAUUUGGUUGUAGUCAACCCUUCCUGUUGGUCCAUGGUUCCUGUCCAUGACUGCAUUUCCAAUCUAGUGUAUUGCAUGCGAACCGAAAACAUAGUCUCCGUAAUGUGCAAUGGCAGAUGGAUUAUGAAGGAUAAAAAGAUUGUGAAUGUGAAUGAGGAAGAAGUUAUUUCAGUGGCAAAGUUGGCUUCUGCAGAACUUCUGAAGAGAGCAGGCAUCAAAAUCCCAAACAGAAUGAAUAUCAUCUGAAUUUGAUUGUUAGCAUCAUCUUCUAAAAUCUUUUUUCUUUUUAUGAAAAAUGCCCUUUGGAGAAUUUCAAUGUGCUCGUUUCUUACAUGUUGAAAUUUCAACACUUAAUGUUUUCCCAUUACGUUCGGUAUGGUACAAUUACAAAGCCUCUCUCAUUUUUAGAAGUUCAUGUUUUGAAAGGGACUCAUUUAAUAAAAUUAUUCAUGAAAGCCAAUGACUUUGAAAAAAAAAAAAUUGCAUGAUUGUUGUUCUCUUGAUCUAUUCUAAUACAUUGUAAUAACAUUUAUCUGUUUAAGCAAAAUUAAUAUAUUUUGUACAUUUUCUUAUAUUAAAUUUA